AUGGCUCCAAUAACGGUUGACGAAUCAAUUCCUGAUGGUACACUCGCAUACUUCGAUGAGAACGAUCAGCUCCAAGAGAUCUCCAUCCAUUCCCUCGCCUCCGGCAAGAAAAUCAUCAUCUUCGCCGUUCCCGGUGCUUUCACCCCUACCUGCAGCAUGAAGCAUGUGCCUGGUUUCAUCGAGCAUGCAGAAGCGUUCAAGUCAAAGGGUGUUGAUGAAAUCUUGUGCAUCAGUGUGAAUGACCCAUUUGUGAUGAAAGCUUGGGCCAAGACAUAUCCUGAAAACAAGCAUGUGAAGUUCCUUGCCGAUGGUUCAGGAACCUACACCCAUGCCCUUGGCCUCGAACUGGACCUCACUGAGAAAGGGCUCGGUGUGCGCUCCCGCAGGUUUGCGCUGCUUGUUGAAGAUCUGAAAGUGAAGGCUGCAAACAUUGAAUCCGGUGGUGAAUUCACUGUUUCAAGUGCUGAGGAUAUUCUCAAGGCUCUGUGAUCUGAUUAUGCCAUUUUCUAAUAAACUAUGUAA